CCGCAAAACAAUGGACAAGAGACAACAUCUACGUCGACUACUUUCCAGUAUCUCGGACGAGUCUGGCGAGGAGGACAGCUUCCUUCAACAUUCUAUCAGCGAGAAGCCAAAUAAGAAAUCCGAUUUUCGCAAGCCUCUUAUAAAAUCUGUUUGCGUGUUGUUUAUAUUGGUGGUGGCUUGUGGGCUCUCUUUUUUGGCCGGAACGUGGGUGCCCACGCGACAACCAACUAUUGAUGGUGUAUGUGCAAAACAUACAAACCGAUGGUCACCUCUAAUUCGUGAUGUGGAGAUUCGAUACACAUCCAAAGAGUUCAAUGGAUCUUUCAUGAAUGAAGAUAUAUACCGACAAGUGGGGUCGCCAGAAGUCGACAAGGCUUGGGAAGAUCUCGGGGUUGAUUAUCGAGCUGGUGUUAUCUCAUACGAGGAUGGUCUCGCUAGCGGGCUGGGCGCAUCUUUUGUCCAACGCGCGAAAAAAUAUGGCGGAGGUUUUCUCGUUAACGUGGAAGGAUUACACCACUUGCACUGCUUGAAUCUAGUCCGCAAAGCGCUCUAUUUCAACUACGAUCGAUAUAAAGAGUUGGGAGAGCAUGCCUUCUUGAACGAAGAGUAUAUCUUACGUCGGCAUAUUACACAUUGCCUUGACACUGUUCGUCAAGCUUUGAUGUGCCAUAUAGAUACAGGUGUUUUGGGGCAGGUGUGGAUCGACCCAGAAGAACCAACGGCAUUUCCGGAUUUCCGCACAAAACAUACCUGCAAGAAUUAUGAAGAUAUACGUGAAUGGGCAAAGCUUCUUCAGGCGCCACCUCUUGAUCAAAUACCCAAAGAUUACCUAGCCCCGCCAAAUCCUGACGAUGUGAUAGUUUCUACGCCAUAAACUGGCGAUUCAUUGUGGCGAUCUGGCU